AUGGCUCCAGGCACUCGAUCAAUGUCCGUAGCCCGUCAGCGGCCGGCACAGCGCCCUGUUCGUUCCACACGCAGCGCAGCCACUUCUUAUAAGGAGUGGUCGGACUCGGACUCGGAUUUCGAGAAGGCCAACCGGGCGAUGACACAUGUUGAGUACGUGUCGGAAAGGAAGUGGGAGGCUUGCCGCUCUGCCCGUUCACCACCAACUGACAAUCCUUUACAUGCCCCGGAACACAGCCCUGGGCCGGCGAAGAAGCCAAAACUGGACGUGGAUGAGGCCAGUCUACCUUUGGACUCGGGCGAGGCUAAACCGCCAUGGGCCACCCUCCCGUACCACAUCCUUUUCAAGAUAUUUCUCUAUUUAUCGCCUUUUAUGAAUGGACAACCUGUGGUCGAUACGUCUCGGUCUGUCAAAUGCCUGCUAGGACUCUCUCGCCUCUCUCGGGCUUUCUUUGACCCAGCCGUCUCGGCACUCUAUUUCUCACCGCCCGUCCUUCCGGCUUGUAAACUGAAAGGCUUGCUGGAAUUGUUAAAACAAGAUCAGGACUCCCUAUGUAUCAAUUAUCGGACGAAAAUUAGACACCUUGUGAUGGACACUUCCGCGAAGCCUCAAAUGGUCCAUGCACUUCUUCAACUCACCCCGCAGCUCAAAUACUUGCGGUUCUUUCACGCCGGGGGAUACAGGCAAAAUUCCAGUCGCACAAUCCAUUCUCCCCAUUGGCUAUUUUGCGACAUGCCUCAACCGGAAGCCUUACUUAAUUUACGCCUUCAUAGCUGGGAGUGGAAUGGAGGUAUCUGUCUCCCAUCCAUCAAGUCUGUGCAUAGCCAUCCGGCAUUUUCUUCACUUCAGAGCGUGCGCUUUUACCACCUCUAUCACUGCGAUGGUAAACGAUCUGGGCCUCCUGGGGACUUGAACUAUCAGGACCCCGCUACUCAGGCUCAUGAGCUAGCCUCCGCCCUUGCUCUCUUGCCCAACCUAAAGCGGUUAGACUUUACCCAAUGUUAUUUCACUUGUGACCUUCUACCUCUGCUCCCCAUGGAUCUGAAUUCACUAUCAAUUGUUGGUUGUUAUGACAUGAAUUCCUCGGUUAUUAGGAAAUAUUUAUCAAGCCAUGGGCGGCACUUGCAUGAACUGGUCCUGGCUCAGAACAGCAGGCUCGAUAUGUCCUUUGCCCCUCAUUUAGGCGAAUUUUGCCCGCGGCUCAAGGUUUUUAUUAUGGAUUUUAACACCGCCACGAGAAGGCAUUCGCGGCAGGAAUCUGAGACGAGCUCUGAAAAUUUGCUCUCGGAUUCCGGAUUGCCUACUUGGCCGUCAACUUUGCAAUGGCUGGAACUGCAACGCUUAGGUAAAUGGCAAAUUCCGGCCGCGGAACGACUGUUUAACUCCAUCAUCGACUCUGCUCCCCAUCUUCGGGACCUGAGGACACUUAUCAUCACUGCAAUAAUUGAUGUUGACUGGCGUGACCGGGCAAGGUUUCGCAAGCAUUGGAUGAAAAAACUAGAACGGACUUUUCUCCGAAACGCACCACCGCCCAGCAGGCAAUCGGCGAGGGACAAAAGGUCGGCAUUCGCUCGUGCCGCUCCGCCUCUUAGCGAGAGCGAUACCUCGGCCACGGGGGCGUCGUCAAACCAGAAACAGACACCGCAGCAGGGUCCAAAGCGGCGAAGUAAUCGCAUUGCAGCGGCUGAAGCCGUGCAUAUCAAGCCAGUCGUAAACAGAACCUCGAACGGUUCCCCUGCAAGCGUGACGUCUGAUAGUUCCCCUGGUGAAACAUCAGAAAACCACCUGCAUGGAAUGUGUGAUGUGGUGAAAAUUCGCAUUGACAAUUUGCGACCCGCCACCGUUCUUCUAGACGCUGAAAACAUCAGCGACGAUGAAAGCGGAGAUUCGGAUUGGAAUGGUGUCGACUUGGACUUUGACAACGGUUAUGCAUGGUAG